GUUUAAAAAAGAUUCAGACAAGUGUCGGAAAAGUUGUCCGAAAGCCACAACGAAGUCGAACACCGUUGCAAAACAAACGCCUCGCCACCUGCUGCGGAACCCGUGGAUUUGUCGAGGUCAGAGAAAGAGAGACGCGGGAUUUUCUUUGGGGGGGUUUCGUUUUUUUCCUCCCUCCGUCUCCCUUCUUUUCUUUGCCAGGACAAAGCGACGUAAUAACCUGCGCCCAGCUUCUUCGUCUUCUUCUUCUUCUUCUUCGUCUUCUUUUGUCCCCCCUCAAGUCCGUUUCGACUUCACUGUAAAUAGGCAGAGACCGCAAUGUCACAACACUUCAGGAGCGGCCCAGCCUUCGGCCUCUCUGCCGAGGUUAAGAGCAAGUUGGCGGGGAAGUACGACCCCCAGAAGGAAGAGGAGCUGAGGCUGUGGAUCCACGACGUGGCCGGCAAGAAGGUUGGGGAGAACUUCAUGGAGAGUCUGAAGGAUGGGGUCCUGCUUUGCGAACUCAUCAACAUUCUUCGGCCAGGUUCUGUGAGAAAGAUCAACAACUCCAGUCAAAACUGGCACCAGCUGGAAAAUAUUGGAAACUUUGUCCGCGCCAUCACAGAAUACGGUCUGAAGCCACAUGACAUCUUUGAGGCCAAUGAUCUGUUUGAGAACGUUAACCACACUCAGGUUCAGACCACGCUCAUUGCUCUGGCUGGAAUGGCCAAGUCCAAAGGUGUCCACUCCAAAUAUGACAUCGGGGUGAAAUAUGCUGAAAAGCAGCAGCGGCGAUUUGCACCCGAGAAACUCAAGGAGGGGCGUAACAUCAUUGGCCUGCAGAUGGGCACCAACAAGCUUGCCAGCCAGAAGGGCAUGACAUCUUAUGGUACACGACGUCACCUGUAUGAUGCCAAGAUGGGCAUGGACAACCCCCUGGACCAGUCCACCAUCAGCCUGCAGAUGGGCACCAACAAGGGAGCCAACCAGUCCGGUAUGACAGCCCCAGGAACUAGGAGGCACAUCUUUGACAAGAAACUGGACCUGGAGAACUGUGACACCACCACUGUCUCUCUACAGAUGGGCACCAACAAAGUGGCAUCCCAGCAGGGCAUGACAACCUACGGUCUGCCACGCCAGGUCUAUGACAACAAGUACUGCACCAACCCCACUGAUGCCUACUACGGUAACGGGGAUGGGGCGGAGUUUGAUGGGUACCAAUACUCUGACUAGGAAAGACAUGGACCGUCUCACCGUCUCAUCCCCCCCCCCCCCACUUCCAACAACAACCACAGCUGUUAGCAAGACUACCCAUACUGUUUUAAAAUUUGGUUAACGUCACCAUUAUUACCACUAUGGUAUGCGUUGUCAUCAUCUUCAUGACCCGUCUGUUGCAAACCACUUUUUUUCCCCUUUUUUUUUUUGCUCUUGACGGAUUUACUGUUUUUCUUGACAUUAGUUAAAGAGAAAGUGUUUGUUUACAGUGACCUUAUGUAAAAGAAAAUGCUC